UCUUCUCGCAGCGCGCAGGAUUCUCACUCACUCUAGUGCGCGCGCACCAGAUAGUUCAGAUGUAGAUGCGCGCGUCCACUGUUACAUACACAAGCACCGGCACCGAACGCGCGUGCGGCUCUAGUUACUGAGCGCUCGGGGCGGCGCGCAUGAAGGGAACUCGCGAGGAUGACCGGCAGGAGUAAACCCUAGAGAGGCGCGUUGCAGGCUGGGAAAGGAGGACACGCCUGCUUAGGGCAGUGUUUACAUUUAUAUAAAGCGCAACACUGAGCGGAAAUAAACAGCACACAGGUUUUUAACCAAGCGGGGAGAUGAGUGGAGAGAUGAGUGCGGAGGUCAUGUCCCCUACCAGUAUAGGGCAGAAGGAGAGAUAUUUUGACCGGGUGAAUGAGAAUGAUCCGGAGUACCAGCGCGCUCGUAACAUGCCCGCUGACCUGCGCCAGGAUUUCAACAUGAUGGAGCAGAAGAAGAGGGUCACACACAUCCUGCAGAGUCCUGCUUUUAAGGAUGAGCUGGAAGGCUUGAUCCAGGAACAGAUGAACAAGGGAAAUAACCCUGCAGGCCUGCUCGCCCUGCGCCAGAUCGCCGACUUCUUCAUGACCAGCUCCAUCGGAGGAUGCCCCACUUCUCCCCUGAGUCUGGGCAUGGUGUCCCCCAUAAACGAUAUUUUCAGCGCCGACUCCGGCUCCAUGGUGAAGGGUGAGAAACAGGCGCGAUGUAAACUGGCCAGCCUCUACCGGCUCGUCGAUCUCUUCAGCUGGGCUCACUUCUCCAACGCCUACAUCACAGUUCGUGUCAGCAAGGAGCAGGACCACAUUCUCAUCAUCCCCAGAGGACUAUCCUUUGUCGAGGCUUCAGCUUCUAACUUGGUGAAGGUGAAUAUCCUGGGUGAUGUUGUGGAUCAGGGCUCUACUAACCUGCACGUUGACAUGGCUGGCUUUAGCCCGCACGCCGCCAUCUACUCCAUGAGACCCGAUGCACGCUGCCUCAUUCACUUACACACCCCGGCCGUAGCAGCCGUGUCAUCAAUGAAGUGUGGCCUGCUGCCCAUCUCUCAGGAGGCGCUGAUCCUCGGAGACAUCGCCUACUUCAACUACAACGGGAGUCUGGAUGACAAGGAGGAGAGGGCGGAGCUGCAGAAAGCACUCGGUCCCUCAGCCAAGGUGCUCAUUCUGAGGAAUCAUGGUGUUGUGGCUUUAGGAGAAACCAUUGAAGAGGCUUUCCACUACAUUUACAACGCCCAGUUUGCCUGUGAGAUCCAGGUGAAUGCAUUCUCAUGUGCAGGAGGAAUGGAGAACCUCAUCGUGUUGGACGUAGAGAAAUUUAAGAGCAGGACGCAGGGUGUGGCCCAGGUUGGCGUGAACAUGGGCUCUCAGCACAAGUGGAAAAUCGGAGAACUCGAAUUUGAGUCACUCAUGAGGAUGCUCGACAAUCUGGGUUAUAGGACAGGUUACGCUUACCGCCACCCGGUGUUGCGAGACAAACCCCGAUACAAGAGCGAGGUGGAGAUCCCUGCCACAGUGACGGCGUUCGUGUUGGAUGAGCCGGCUGACGCUUCCUGCCUCCAUCACCGUCUUCUUCAUCAACGACAGCAGAGGGAGAAAACUCGCUGGCUGAACUCGCCCAACUGCUACACCAAGAUAAACGUUGCAGAUGGAGGCAGCAAUGAAGAUAACGGCCGCAUCAAGACCAUGUGGAUGAGGUCUGAAGAAGGCAGCAGCAGCAGCGGAACUCCGAUCCGCAUUGAAGACCCGAACCAAUUUGUCCCUCUGAACACCAACCCGAGCGAUGUUCUUCAGAAAAGGACUAAAAUCCGAGAGCAGAAUCGUUUUGACAUGAAGACCGCUGGCCCGCAGUCUCAGCGCCUGGCUGGCAUUGUCGUGGAGAGACCCCCGCCAUACACAGGUGGAGAUGAGGAGGAGGCUGAGCCGUUGCCACCCAACCCCUUCAGCGAGCUCAGUGAGAGAGACCUAUGUGAUUACAAAGAACAAGUGGAGCGCCAACAGCUGGGGCUCGACGAGGAGGAGCCGGACCAGCUAACGUCUGAUGACGCUUCCACGCUCUCACCAUCUGCCUCUCAAACUCAGUCCCCACAACACACACCUGCUAAAGAAGAGAACCACACGAACACACUGCUGAAUGGCAAAGGCACGCACGACGAUCAAGAGGAGGAUCUGAUGAAGCGGGUGGAGAGUAUGGAGAUCACCGGCGAGAAGAUCGAGGAGGUUUUCUCACCCGAGAGCUCACCCUCCAAAUCCCCCGGCAAGAAGAAGAAGAAAUUCAGAACGCCGUCGUUCCUCAAGAAGAACAAGAAGAAAGAGAAAGCGGAGGCCUGAAUGACGAGAGAGGGAGCGGAGAUUCUGUUCAUCCGUCUGUCUGUCUGUUUACUCAUUGUUUUUACUUUUGUUUAAAAAAUUUUUUUAUUUUUUUUUCUUCAACAAACUUUGGCACAUCUUUUGGGAGGGGAAACCCGGCGACACUUACAUGGAAGCGCGUUGUGUUUUCAGAAGAAAAAGCUGAAAAUUACGAGUCCUGGCAAACUGGUUCCUCAAACACACACACACACACACACACGGCCGAUUUCAAGUGCAUUAACUGCAUUUAUUAUUAUUAUAUGUAUUACCAUAUGAGUUGUUUGUUUUUGUUUUUUUUAAGCCCAUUGACCAGCUGACAGUUUUUUUUUUUCCCUCCCAGGUGACUUUUUUUUUUUCAGAAGUCAAGCAGUAAAGUCCUGAGUUUCUCAUGUUUUUUACACACACACACACACACACAUUUUCUCACACACACAAUCACGUUUUAGUGAAGUCUCUCAUCGUAGCCUCGUUCACUUUUAGCCAUUUUAACUUGUCUGUAGUUGUAUUUCCUGUCGACGUUUUUUUUUUAUUUUCUAACCGUUUUGUAUUCCUUCGUUCGCUUUCACAAAGAACGUGUUUAUUUUUUUCCCGCCCGAGUUUCUACAGCCGAUCGUCACGCGCUCGACGUUUCUCUGCUCAGACGACUAAAACACGCGCGUAUCUUUUUAGUAUACACGAGUAAACCGGACGAGUGAUGAAGCGGCUGUUUUAUUUUUGUGCCGCAACGUUAAUGUAGUAUAUAAAUAUAUUCUAUAUUAUAUACGACGUGCAUACAGACGAUUUUCGAUCGAAAGAUUUUCCGGAAGUUCGCAAGGAAGGAAGGAAGUCCGGGAAGGAAAUUCUAACGGGAUUAAGCUUAAAAAACAAAUGUAAAUCUAUAUACGAUUAUAUAUUUAUGUGUUGUAUAGAGUUUGACGGAACAAAGCGAUUUUCAGCGAGAGGCCCCUGUGGAAAUUUGUGGAAAAUUAUUUUUAUUUUUAUUUUUUUUUUAAUUUUGUUCACUGAUGUAAUCGCAAGACAAAGGUCGUUCCACUGCCUGCUGUUUGAGAAAACUUUCACAUCGCUGUUAAGUAAAUCCAGCAGCAGCCUGAAAUUCUAGGAAUUCUAGCGGCAACAUAUUUUUCUGGAUGCGAGCGAACGACGUCGAAGAAUUCUGACGUUCAGCGGAAUUCAGUUUGGCAAAAAAGAUAAAAACUAACCUUCGCCUCUCAUCCAAACUUUAAACUAAUUCGUAAAACGACUAAAUUAAAUAAUAAUAAUCCAUGUUCAGUUAAAUUUUUAUUAAAUUGUUAAAGAAAAAAGUUUUUUUGUUUUUUUUAGUUUUUGUUCAAUUCGAAUCUUGUGAUUUGGGUUUUUUUGGUUCGUUUUUUUUUUACCCAGCACAAAAUUUUCAGAAAGUUGAAUGACUCGGAAGAUUUUGUAAGUAAGUCACGACUCUUCAGGCAGUUUUUAAAGAAGAGACGUUUCUCUCUAAACUAUAACAUUCGAACGGCACCAACAAACUCCCAACGUGCCCCCGCAAAAAAAAAUAAUUUGUCGUGUAUUUCUGAGACGUAAAACCGUCCAAAAUUUUCUCAACAUUUCAAAAACUUUUGCUGCAGAACUAAAGCAGAAAGCUGGAUUUGUCCAGUCGUUAAAGGCUACACGUUUUCUCCCUCGUCUCUGAGCAGCUUUCACCAAACACCCGGGGGUUUAAACGUUAAACCGAGUCGUCCGAAGGCGAUCGAUCCCAGCGAGCAAUGUGAAGUGAAUGUGGAGGCGGAGUCAUCUCUGAAGCGUGUAAACAGCACGUGGCGAGAUUCAGAAUAGUGAAAAGGGGGUCAGAAAAAAGUGAAAAGAAAAGCUCAUGCAUGUUUUGUUGCUGUAUUUCCGUCUUCUGUUUGCAGUUUGUUUUCCUUUAUAUUGUUUUUUUUUUUUUUUUAGCUUAGUUUACAGAGAUUUACACAUUUUAUUAACCAUGGAAAAUUUAACGUUUCUGUUUUCUGGACUGUUUGCACCUUUUUUUUAUUGUUGUUGUUGUUGUUGUUUUUUAACUGUUUAUUUCUUCUUUUUUUGCGCUUUGGCAUGCAAGUGUGUGAGCCAAACCUCGUGACCUGUGAAAAAACAAACUACACCAUUAUAUAAAUUGUAAUCUAAUGAACUUGCUUUAGAUUGUAUGGCUAAUCGAUGUAAAUUCACAAAUAAAAAAAAAGUUAUUUUAAGAAAA